AAGAUGGCAGCCACCGUCAAGAAAUCUGUCGCGGUCGAAGAUGUCAAUGUCACAUUUGAAGACCAGCAGAAGAUUAAUAAGUUUGCUAGGAGCACAAAUCGGGUGACCGAGUUGAAGGAUGAAAUAGAAGCCAAAAAAAAAUCUCUUCAGAAUUUAGAGGAUGCAAGCGAGGACCUUUUAAUGCUGGAGGACGAUGAUCUCCCGAUCCCAUAUCACAUCGGAGAUGUUUUCAUCAGUCACACGCAGGAGGACACGCUGCUGAUGCUAGAGGCCGCUAAGGAAACACUGAAGGAGGAAAUCAAAUCUCUGGAAGGUCGAGUAACAUCAAUACAGGAAGUCCUCGGAGAUCUGAAGGUUCAGUUGUAUGCCAAAUUUGGGAACAACAUUAAUCUGGAAGCUGAUGAAAGCUGAGUGCUUGAGUAUUUGGACUAUUUCACAAACUGACAACACCAGUUCCCUAUAUGGAGCUUAGAACCAGAUCUGUUUGAUGAAUUUGCAGCACUAUUCAUGGCUUCAGUCUUGUAUGGGUGGUUAUACUUCUGUACUUAAAGCAUUGUUUGGGAUUCUUUCAGAAGAAACUAGUCAUGAGCAUUCAUAGUCCAGAGUAGUUACUGUUGUUAAAAUAAAAAGUAUGAACUGAUGAUUUCA